CAAGUCCGGCCUCUCCUGCAUUCUCUCCUCCAUCCAGAGCAGCAGACACCUCCACCAUGUCCACCCAGAACCGCAUCUACGCCUCCCGUCGGGCUAACAGCGUGUACGCCGGUGCCGGAGGCAACGAGGUCCGAAUCUCCAGCUAUGCAGGUCCCAGAAACUUUGCCUCAGUUAACCGCUCAGGUUUCUCUGGAUCAGGCUUCUCUGGCUCAGGUAUGUCCGGUGGCGGAGGCUUCGACCUGGCUGACGCCAUCCCAGACAUCAACGACAACAAGAAAGCCACAAUGCAGAACCUGAACGACCGCCUGGCCUCCUACCUGGACAAGGUCCGCAAGCUGGAGGCCGCCAACGCCGACCUGGAGCUGAAGAUCCGGCAGUUCCUGGAGAGCAAGACCAAACCCGAAGGCCACGACUGCUCUGCGUACAUGGCCGUGAUCAAUGGGCUGCAGGAACAGAUCUUAGAUGGUACCCGUGUAAAUGGAGGUCUGUACCUGGCCAUUGAUAACGCAAAGCUGGCUGCUGAUGACUUCAAGGUCAAGUACGAGAAUGAACUGGCCAUGCGUCAGAGUGUGGAGGCCGACAUCGCCGGGCUCAGGAGGCUGCUGGAUGAGCUGACUCUGGCCCGAUCAGACCUGGAGAUGCAGAUCGAAGGUCUGAAGGAGGAACUGAUCCUCCUGAAGAGGAAUCACGAGGAGGAUCUGCUCGGUCUGCGGGCCCAGAUGAGUGGUCAGGUGAACGUGGAGGUGGACGCUGCUCCUCAGCAGGAUCUGUCCGUCGUCAUGGCUGAAAUUAGAGAGCACUACGAGACCGUCGCCAGCAAGAACCGCAAAGAGCUGGAGACCUGGUUCCAGGCUAAGAGAGACACCCUGAAUAAGGAAGUCGCGUCCAGCACAGAGAUCCUUCAAACGUCUCGCUCUGAGGUCACGGAGGUCAAACGCACGCUGCAAGCUCUGGAGAUCGAGCUCCAAUCACAGCUCAGCAUGAAAUCGUCUCUGGAGGGAACCCUCGCUGACACCCAGAACCGGUACGCCAUGAUGCUGGUGAGUUACCAGAACCAGGUGUCCAUGCUGGAGGAGCAGCUGAUGCAGCUUAAGGCCGACCUGGAGAGGCAGUCGCAGGAGUAUCAGAUGCUUCUGGACAUCAAGACCAGGCUGGAGUUGGAGAUCGCCGAGUACAGGAGGCUGCUGGAUGGAGAGCUGCUCAGUGCUCCUCAGUCGUCGACCACCACCACGACUCGCCGUGUCGUCAUCGUCACCAAGGAGGUCACUGAGGAUGGAGAAACAACAUCAGAAACCACUGAGAUCAGCUAAGAAACAUCAGAAGAACUCAAAUAAAAUGCCUCUGAUGAACCGACA